AUGAAGGCGGGAGAAUCAGAAAUUCCUCCUCCAGUCAAAUCCCCCUCCCGCCCCCUUCUCCGCCUCGAGAGUAGUCCUCUUCUCUUCUUCAGCCACAGGACGUACUUCUUUCUCAUCCUCAACCUCCCCACUGGGGUCAAGCCUGGGAAGGACACUUCGGGUACGUGGCAACACUUACGCGCAUCAAUGAGACAGUGACUCAACCAGUACAAUACAUGUACCAUGAGGUGUUUUCCUCUUGUGACGAAAUAGGCGGGCCGGGGUCGACCCGAUUGCAGAAGAACCACUAAAAUGGGCCUCCGGGCCGGCCCGCUCCAAGCUAUGAACCAAACCAACAAGCGAGGAACGAGCGGUUGCCAAGUGGCGAGCUGUCGGACGGCCACAGAAGAAGAAGAGGAUGAGGCCGUUCCUCUCGAGUUUCAGACGCCAAGGAACAGCUGAGCUGACCGAUUCCCCGGUGGUACCCGAUUCUCUCUCGGAUUCUAGAGAGAAGCUGGAGAUCCAGCUCCGCAGAGAACCACUCCUAUUAAAAAAACUCUCAGAAAACCGGAAAGUCAACGGUACAAGUUUUGGAUGUCCAAGUCGUCUUCCCUCCUGCGUCUGCGUCGUUUGGGUUAGGUAAUCAGCUCCCCCCCUCAAUCUCUACCACCCUCCGGGAAUCCCCAUGUUAGAUAUGGUGGGUGGGCUUCACAGAACCACCCCGCCGUCGCCGAUUAGAAGCUUAUUUAUGCACCGCUCCAUCGCCCAUCCAGCGGCGGCGAGUCUGCAAUUCCACCUGAAACUCCCACAUAGCGAGAGAGAGAGGGAGAGAGAGAGAGAAGAGAGAUGGAGAGACGUAGGGCGGUGACGGUGGCAGUGAUGGUAGUGGUGGUGGCGGCGGCGAUGGCGAGGAGGGAGGUGGCGGCGCAGUCGAUACUGGCGUGCACGGUGUCGAUGAUAAGCAGCUUCACGCCGUGCGUGAACUACCUGACGGGGAGCAGCAACGCGCAGCUGGCGCCGACGGCGGAGUGCUGCGGGGCGUUCGGCGGGCUGCUGAGCAGCAGCACCAGCUGCGCCUGCCAGAUCCUCACUGGCUCGAUCCCCUUCGGCCUCCCCUUCAACAGGACCCUCGCCCUCAAGCUCCCCAGCUACUGCAACUCCACCUCCAUCGACCUCUUCAAGUGCCCAGGUCAUCUCUCUCUCUCUCUCUCUCUCUCUCUCUCUCUCUCGGGGUAUAUCUCUGCAUAUUCCAGUAUAUCUCAGGUGCUGCAAUCGUCUUCUUUUGCCUGUGAUCCUUUCGGGUGGAACAGCGGCUCAGUUUCCUGCAAGUGUUCAUAGAGAAGCUGACGACCAUCAUGCUCUUUCUUUCCUCUCUCUCUCACUCAGUCCAUCUAUCUAUCGAUCGAUCAAUCUCUCUCUCUCGCUCUACUGAUAGCUUCUCGCCGGCAGGGACUCUGCCGACGACGACGACGACGCUGCCGCCGAUACCGGCCGCCGCUCCGCCGCGUAAGGGGUUCUCCGAGAUCUCCGUCUGGUUUCCACGGUGGGUCGAAUUUCCAGUUACCUGGGUUUUGCUAACUUCGUCUUAAUUCGCCCCCGCGCAGCCGUCUCGCCGCCGCCGCCUGCGAAGGUACCGGAGGCGCCGCCGCAAGCGCCGCCGUUUGUCAUACCCAGCUCCGCUUCCAAGCCCGUCGCCUACCUGGCGGGGCUUCUCGCCGGCGCCGCCGCCGGAGCUUUGUUGCUGAAGGGGUUCUAG